AAAUUACUACAUACUCGAAGUAAGUAACAAAUGAAUUUGUAUAAUUUAACUUAUAUCUAACAUGCACAAUUUGUUAUUCUAGUUAUAUAACCUAUAAUUGAAAAACCUAAAGGGAAGAAUUUCGUUUGUGAAAGGCUACUGAAAAUUUCUAAAGCGUAUCCACUAAAACGACCGUGUUUGGAUUGCUAUAAGAGCUUCGGUGACAACAAUUUCUUUAGAAAUUUUCACCGCGAAAUCCCCUAAGGUAUGAUGAGUCUUCCUGGAGAAAAAGAUGCUGCUGCUUCGCCGUCCAGCUGUGUCGCGUGUGACCGCCCGGACAGCGAUGAAAACAUGGUGGCGUGCGACGGUUGUGAGUGCUGGUAUCAUUUCAGUUGUGCAGAUGUCGACGAAAGCGUUUCCGGACAGCCCUGGAAGUGCGAAUCCUGUGGGAUUAUGAACCAGACUCCGAUUCCGACGAAGAACAUCCGAAAAGCAAAUGGCAAGGAAGGUGGAAAGCGGCUGACCGUACCAACCGGUGCUAAGAAGUCGUCGAAGGUGUCCGUCAGCAGCAAGGGAACCUCACGAAGAAGUAAAAAGUCCGCUGCAGGUGAUGACGUAAGUUUAACUUCUAGUGCUAGGGCAAGACUUGCGCUUGAGCUUAGGAUGUUAGAUGAAGACGAACAAAUAAAAGAGCAGGAGUUACAGGCAGAGCUUGAACUGAAAAAUAAAAAGUUGAUGCUGCAGAAACAAAAUAGGGAACGCGAGUUGGCGUUAGAAGCAAAACAGUUAGCCGAAGAGAAAGCCUUUCAGGAAAGGCAGCUAGAAGAGGAGGAAAAAGGUCGGAAAGCGCUGUUACAGAUGAAACGUUUAUCACUUGAGGCAAAAAAGAAUAUUGUUCGUCAAUUCUCUCAGCGCGGCAGUGAUGUUUCUAGUUUGAGUGAAAGUGAGAAAAGUUCGGAGGCAAAAGUGCGUAGUUGGCUGCAGAAAUCCGGCGAGCAGACAGAGGGAAUUGUAAGAUCCACGUCAGCAGCAAGAGGUUCCAGCCACGUUCCGGAGAUUACCGGUAAAGUUGUUCUCGAUGAGAUUCGUAAUCCAAUCUCCGGUGCAGCGAAGAAGGUCAACUACCUGUUUGAAGAGAUACCAGGGACGACGGAGGGUGAUAAGAACGACGGCGAUUCCGUGUGCAACGUUCAGCAGCAGGCUUUCAAUGAUGAGAUUGGUCCAACCAGCCGUCAGUUGGCGGCUCGUCAAGUGAUGGGGAAAGAUCUACCCACCUUUUCCGGGAACCCAGAGGAGUGGCCCAUCUGGAUCAGUAACUUUGAGCGAUCAACAGCUACAUGUGGAUUUUCCAUGGACGAGAAUUUGAUCCGGCUUCAACGUUGUCUUAAAGGACAAGCUAUGGAAAUGGUACGCUGCAGAUUACUCUCGCCUGCAAGCGUUCCCCACGUCAUCAAGGCUCUGCAGAUGCGGUAUGGUCGUCCAGAAACAUUGAUCAGAGCACUGACUGAAAAGAUUCGACUUCUAGCUCCUCCGAAUACGAAUGACCUGGAGAGCAUUGUCGACUUCGGUAUGGCGGUCGAUAGCUUGGUUGAACACCUGAAGAGCGCGAAGCAACAGGCGCACUUGGCAAAUCCGUCAUUGCUGCAUGACCUGGUUGCAAAACUUCCAGUGGACUACCGCUUGAAGUGGUCGGCAUAUAAGAGUACCAUUCCAGUGGUCAACCUCGGGACGUUUGGAGCAUUUAUGUCAACCUUGGUGGAACUAGCAUAUGAAGUAAUGGAUGAUCAACCCACUGGUAAAACAACAAAAGGAGCACAGAAGCCGAAGGACCGAAGUUUCGUCUAUACACACUCGGAAUAUUCCUCGAAUGAACCAACUCUAGUACGCCCGGCAAAAAAGGUCUGUGCAGCCUGCAAGAUGGAAGGACAUAAAAUAGCAGACUGUUUCAACUUCAAAGCAAUGAACAUCGAUAACCGUCUCCAGAUUGUCAGUCAGAACUCGCUCUGUAGGACUUGCUUGAACCAACACGGAAAAUGGCCUUGCAAGACAUGGAAAGGGUGCGAGGUUGAAGGUUGCCGUCUUCGUCACCACACGCUGCUGCAUACGACCACACCGGCGGUUCCUCUCGUGGUGUCCACCAGUCAUUCCCAACUACUGAGUGGUAAUAGCCCAAUUUUUCGAAUAUUACCAGUAACACUGUAUGCAAAGGAUCGACGUGUGAAUGUGUUCGCAUUCGUGGAUGAAGGUUCGCAGAUUUCGCUUCUUGAUGUCGCAGUAGCUGAGCAGUUGGGAGUCACUGGUCCGGCAAGCACGUUAAGUCUACAGUGGACGGGAAAUGUUACACGGGAAGAAGCAAACUCUCGUGUCAUCCAGAUGGAGGUCUCCGGUGGGACGUCGAAUAACCAUUAUAAGAUUAUGGAUGCGCGUACAGUAGAAGGUCUUCAGUUGCCAACCCAAUCGCUGCACUACCAAGACCUGGCAGGAAAGUAUCCACACCUGCGAGGCUUGCCGAUCAUCGACUACGAGAAUGUUACACCAAAACUCCUUAUUGGUCUUGACAACCUGAAACUCACGAUUCCGCUGAAAAUUCGAGAAGGAGGUUGGGGCCAACCAAUGGCAGCCAAAUGUCGUUUAGGAUGGAGCAUCUACGGCAGCUCUCGUUCAGCCACCGAAUCAUUUACCUGUGGGUUUCACGUUGGAGGAUGGACCAAUUCAAAGGAUGAUUUGAACCAGAUCGUCCGUGAUUUCAUCACACUGGACAAUUCUGGUGUUCAACCUCCGCUCGCUCCACUAGAAUCGAAGGAGAAUAAACGGGCUCAACAGCUACUCCAAACCACCACUCGUAGAGUUGGCAGCCGAUUCGAGACCGGGUUACUAUGGAAGUGGGAUGAAAUCCAGUUGCCGGAUAGCUACGGGAUGGCGCUACGACGUUUACACUCUCUGGAGAAGCGGCUAGGGAAGGAACCACUGCUGUACGAUAGCGUUCGUCAGCAAAUACGGGAGUACAAGGAAAAAGGCUACACACACCAGGCCACCGAAGAAGAGCUCGCUAACACAAGUUCAGGGAAGAGUUGGUAUUUGCCGUUGGGAAUAGUAUUGAACCCUAGAAAGCCCAACAAGGUUCGGAUUAUUUGGGACGCUGCCGCGCAAGUGAAUGGAGUUUCUCUCAACUCCGUCCUCCUCAAAGGCCCCGAUUAUCUCGCCUCGCUGAUCGAAGUUUUCUACCACUUCCGUCUUUAUGCUGUCGCACUGACGGGGGACAUUAAGGAGAUGUUUCAUCGGCUAUACAUCAGGCGGGAAGAUCGCCAAUUCCAACGAUUUCUGUGGCGGGAUGAUGUAAAAUCAAAGGUUCAAGUCUUCGUCAUGGACGUUUCCAUAUUCGGCGCAACGUGCUCUCCAAGUUCCGCGCAAUACGUCAAAAAUGUAAACGCGAAAGAGUUCGAAAGCGAAUCCCCCAGGGCAGCGGCAGCAAUCACCCGAUAUCAUUACGUAGAUGACUAUCUCGACAGUUUUCCGACGGCAGCAGAGGCUGUGCAGGUCGGAAGUGAAGUUCGGCGGGUGCACGCUGCGGGAGGAUUUGAAAUCCGUAAUUUCCUCUCCAAUGAUCCGACGGUCGCAGCUACAGUGGGAGCAAUAUCGAACGAAGCCGAGAAGAAAAUCAACCCAGAGAAAGAAGACAUCGUGGAGAGCGUUCUGGGGAUGAAAUGGAUUCCGACGGGAGAUGACCUCACCUACAGUUUCGUAAUACGCGCCGAUCUUGGAUAUGCACUGGAUCAAUCUCACAAGCCGUCUAAACGUGAAGUGCUUCGCGUGGUAAUGAGUUUGUUCGACCCGCUAGGGUUGAUCAGCUAUUUCAUCAUCCACGGGAAAACUUUAAUGCAAGACAUCUGGGCAUCCGGAGUAGACUGGGACGAACCUGUCAGUACUGAAUUGUGUGAACAAUGGUGGCGGUGGACAGCGCAUCUACCGGGACUAAACUCUAUCCGAAUUCCUCGUUGCUAUUUUGCAGCAGCUGAUUACCAAUCGUAUUCCUCGCUCCAAAUCCAUGUUUUUGUGGAUGCCAGUAAAUCAGCGUACGCAUGCGUUGUCUACUUUCGAGUAGAGUCAGAAAAAGGACCGGAGGUAGCACUUGUGGCCGGAAAAGCGAAAGUAGCUCCACUAAAAUUGAUGUCAGUUCCUCGUUUGGAGCUUCAAGCUGCCGUAUUAGGCACACGAUUACUCAACAGUGUGGUUUCAUUGCACGACCUUCCCGUCAGUCGCCGUGUGUUGUGGACGGACUCACAAACAGUUCUUGCUUGGUUGCGAUCCGAUCACCGCAGGUAUCAGCAGUUCGUGGGCUUCCGUGUGGCGGAGAUUUUGUCAUCGACAGACGUUCAAGAAUGGAGGAAGAUCGACACUGAGCUGAAUGUCGCUGAUCUUGCAACGAAAUGGGGUAAGGGGCCGAAUUUCGAAAGAGAUAAUCCCUGGUUUCGUGGACCGAAGUUUUUAUUGGAAUCGGAAAGUUUCUGGCCGAAGCAGGAAGCAGUGCAGUGUACCACAAAUGAAGAAAUUCGCCAUGUUGGGGUGCACGUUGAGCAGACCGUACCGUUGAUCGAAGUUGGAAGGUUCAGUAGCUGGGACAAAUUACACCGAAUCACAGCGUACGUUCAUCGCUUUAUCAGCAAUCUCAUCCGGAAGAAACACGGCGAACGGUUGGAGUUGGGUGUGCUGAAGCAACAAGAGUUAGCGAUCGGAGAGGUCACACUGUACAAACAAGCGCAACAGGAAUACUACGCCGGAGAAAUAAAGCAGCUCAGCGGGCAGAAGAGAUCGAUGCAGCAUCGUCAUUCAGCAGUAUCCAGAUCUAGCAAGAUAUUCAAGCUAUGGCCGUUCCUGGACCAGUCUGGUGUGUUACGAAUGCGGGGAAGGAUUGGUGCAGCGCCACAUGUUCCGUACGCAGCGAAGUUUCCUAUGAUUCUACCACAGAAGUCAGCAAUCACAUUGCUACUCGUUGACAAGUUCCAUCGCCGUUUCCGUCAUGCGAACAGAGAGACGGUUGUGAAUGAGAUGAGGCAGGAGUUUCAUAUUCCAAAGAUGCGAGCGUGUGUUGGGAAAGUCGCGCGGAACUGUAUGUUCUGCCGUUUACGCAAAGCUAUACCCCGGCUACCUCCAAUGGCUCCACUGCCAAAAGUUCGACUAACGCCGUUCGUGCGACCGUUCUCUUUCGUUGGCCUAGACUACUUCGGACCUGUUCUAGUAAAAGUUGGGCGCAGCAAUGCGAAGCGGUGGAUUGCCCUUUUCACGUGUCUGAGCAUUCGAGCAGUCCACAUGGAGGUUGUACACAGCAUGUCAACGGAAUCGUGCAUUCAAGCGAUACGUCGCUUCGUUUCUCGUCGUGGUUCACCAAUUGAAAUUUUUACCGACAACGGAACCAAUUUUCACGGAGCCAACAAUCAGCUGAAGAAGGAGAUAGAAGAGCGCAAUCAGAGACUAGCAUCGGUCUUCACCAAUUCGAAUACCCGCUGGUCAUUCAACCCCCCCGGAACACCUCACAUGGGUGGGGUUUGGGAAAGGAUGGUUCGGUCGGUGAAGGUAGCCAUCAAAUCGACUCUAGACGAGUCUCGUAAACCUGACGACGAAACACUGGAAACGGUGAUCAUCGAGGCGGAAGGGAUGAUCAACACACGCCCGUUGACGUACAUCCCGUUGGAAUCGGCAGACCAGGAGGCUUUAACGCCUAACCACUUUCUACUGGGAAGUUCGUCGGGUGUAAAACAAUUGGCAGUUCUUCCAACAGAUUACCGAGCGACCUUGAGGAGCAGUUGGAACUUGGCGAAACACCUGGCUGAUGAGUUUUGGAGAAGGUGGAUCACGGAAUACCUUCCAGUGAUUUCGAGACGCUGCAAAUGGUUCGAUAACGUGAAGGACUUUAAGGAGGGAGAUUUGGUGUUAGUAGUGGAUGGCACAGUGAGGAGUCAGUGGACCAGGGGACGAAUUGAGAGAGUAAUGACGGGAGCAGAUGGACGAGUGCGGCAAGCUUGGGUGCGUACGAAUAGCGGAGUCGAUCGCAGGUCGGUGACUAAUCUGGCGCUGCUCGACGUCAUGGAGGAUGGUGACCCUCACCAAAAAGAUGGUAGCGGCUCACGGGUGGGGGAGUGUGACGACGGUAUGCCUCCCCGCGAUGGAGAUGGCCUAAACUGA